GCCUGGGCGGACCGCGGGAAUGGCGGGCUCCCGGCUACUGCCCCUGGCGCUGGCUCUGCUGCUGCUCGCCAGACCCAGCGACUCCUCGGUCACCCUUGCAUGCACAGGUGUUGUUUUUACACUAUUCUGGGAGAGCAUAAUCACAGACGACAACUCUUCAAGUCCAUGGACAACCCUUGACCCUACCUUCUCAAGUCCACAGACAACCCCUGAGUCCACCUCCCUAAGUUCAGAGUCUACCCCCACAAUUCUGGAAACCACUCCACACGCCACAGCUCCGAACACAGGCUCAGCCUCCCCAGAGCCAGAGACAGCCUCUCUCCCCAGCUCUGGGUUCCCCAGUUCCGAGCCGACCACCGCAUCCCAGUCCACGAACUUGGCUCCACAAGGGUCACCCACUGCGUCCAGCCCAGGCCAGGAUGCAGGCAGCAUCUGGAUCUCCACAUCACACAGGAACCCCGGUGUGGUGAUUGCUGUGUGUCUGCUCGUGUCUGUCUUACUCAUUGGCUGUGUGUUCAUCGCUGUGAGACAUUGUUAUCUGGACGCGCCAGCUUUUCAUAAUAUGGAUACAGUGUCCAUGGGCAGUGUGAGCCAGAGGCUGCCAUUCGCUGACCGACUACAGUCGUGACUCUGAGAGGCCUAGAGAUAUGGUGGAGGUGACACCUGGGAAGAACAGUGUCUGGAACCCCUUGCCCCGCUAUCCUGACCUGGGGAUCAGCAGCAAGGAGGACUGCUCUGACCUGGGAAUCAGUGACAAGGAGGACUGCUGGGGCCCAGGAGUUUCAGGCCAGUCUGGCCCACACAUCUAGUAUCCAACUCAGAAAUUAAAUCAACCCAGGUGUCCACACCUGUCAUCCCUGCACUUGGGAGGUAGAGACAGGAGGAUCAUGUGUUCAAGUCCACCCUGAGCUACAUAGGGGAUAGCCUGGGUUACAAGAGACUCUAUUUUUUUUUUUUUAAUUGGUGUGUGUGUGUAUUGCUGAGGAGAUGGUUCAAAGGUUAAAGCACUGGCUGCUUUUCAGGGGACCAGAGCUUUGUUUCCAGCACCCACAUGGAAGCUCACAACCGCCAGUAACUCCAGUCCCAGGGGAGCUGGUGGCCUCUUGACCGCUGCAGUCACCAGGCUCACAGGUGACACACAGACACACACGCAGACAAAACACAUUAAAAAAUAAACUAAAUGAACAUAAAGUAA